AUGUCGCAGCCAGGUUCUGCCGAUGGGAUAUUCACGAGAUGGCUGGCCAUCCUGCUGAGUUGCUUCGGCCAGGCCCAACGCUCAGGCAGCGUUGCUGUGACGAGCGGUGUCGAGCGCGAAAUGAAGGUGGCCCAUAAUCAACCGCACCUCGUCCCCCCAAUGAAGCUGGUCUUCUACGACGAGAUGCCUAAAUCACCAGGUCCGAGUCCUUGUUCUGUAAAUCGCAUGUCGCAUUGGGUAUCACGAGGCAAGGAGCUUGCCUCGAAAGCAUCCAUCCGAGCCAGUCUUAUAAUCAAGAAACAAUUGUCCAUGCCGGACAUCAGCGCUCCUCUGCCCGUCACAACCGCGGACAGGAUGUCUCCUUGUAGGCAACAGUUCAGACCAUUGGAGCUCAGCAUUUACCUACCUGGUAACCGACUCUCGGACCUUCCCGGAUUCGAACAUGUCGCCUUCACCGAUCUGGGCGAGAUUCAAGUCCCGCCCAAGGCACUGAUCCGUACACGGUCAGAAAACAUGCUGCCGCCCUUCUCCCAGCCCCAAACCACUAGACCGACAAUAUCCAUGGUAGGCGAGAGGCAGCUAGACUACUGGCAGCAGCAGCAGCAGCAGCAGCAGGGAUCGUCUCCACUGGUAUCUCAGCCGCCUCCCAGUGCGUUCGAACCACUGAACAGCCAUCCCAUCUGCUGGAGCUCCUUACCUGGCCUUCCCCCUCAAAGCGAAGCGGCAAUCGAACUGCUAGAGGAAGAAGAGCCUAGCUCUGUCCCCCUUCAGACUGCGGACAAUACGACGCUCGACUUCCCACCCCUCUACGCACAAGAACAAGAACAGAACCGACCUGCUACCACCACCCUCCCACCACCAAGCAUCCGCAUCCCCUACAAGAAACCUCUCCGCCCAACCCCAAGCCAUGACACCUCUUCCUCCUCCAACCGGACCCGCAUAUCCCACUGGCUCUCCCACUCCUCCACCACAACCAAAGCCCCCAAGCCCUCUCAAUUCUACCAAUGCGCCAUCACACCCCCCCUCCCCCAACGAGAAUACCAGCAUCAGCACCAGCACUCACAUACCCCUUCUCACAACUGCCGCUCCCCCUCCUUUACCUCGUCCUCGUCCUCAAGUCUCGGCUCGCCCAUAGACUCCGACAGCGAGUCCAUAGUCAGCAUGACCAGCAGCACCACCGCACCGACGACGGUUCUUGAUUCGAGGAGCUGGAGCAGAAGUCGGAGCGCGACGUUGCGGACGCUGGAUUCCGGGAUGGGGAAGAAGAAUUUGAGGGUUGGGGCUAUGGGAGAGGGAGCAGGGAAGGAGGAGGGUGAUCCAGUGCCGGACAUCCCUGAUAUGUCUGUAUACGCGAAGAUAGGACGGGGAGAGGUGCGGGAAGCGGGAAGGGCGCCAGCAUCGAGUCAAGGUGUGGGGUGUGGCGUUGCAUUCUGA